AUGCAGCGCGUCGAGCUGCGCGACGGGGAGGCGGCGGCCGCGGCUUCCUACCGGGUGCUCAGCCGCCUGCUGGGCUAUGGGGCCGGGCCGGAGGCGGGGGCGGCCGGCGGCCCCGGUAGCGGCGCGGCGGUUGCGGGGCCGCCGGGCCCAGGCGGAGCGCGGUUGCCGCUCCCCGUCCCCGCUCCGGGAGGGGCCGCUCGGCCGCCGCCGCAGCUGAUGGUGUUCCGUAACGCCGCCGAGGGCCGGCCCGGAGAGGAGGAGGCGGGCGGCGGGGAAGGCCCGGCGGGCGGCCCCGAGCUGCUGUGCCCGCGGCAUCGCUGCGCGUUGGAGCCCAAAGCGGCGGCGGUGGCGGCGGGGGGCGGCUGGGGGCCGCCGGGGGGGCUGGAGCUGCAGCUGGCGGCCCUAGGGCUGCGGCCCCCGACGCUGGGAACCAAGGGCCCCGCAGCCUGCCCGUGUCUCGGGCCGCCCGCCGCCGAGGAGACGAGCGACGCGCUGCUGGUGCUCGAGGCGCUGGAGCCCGACGAGGCCGAGAGCUGCUCCGAGGAAGAGCCGGGCAGCCCCGGCGCCGCAGACCCGCAGGAGCCGCCCCGCGGAGCCGCCGCCGCGCGGAGAGCCGGGCCCGGCCCCGGGGCAGCGGGAGGAAGGAAGGGAUCGCUGCGGGUCCGCCUGAGCCGCCUCUUCCGCACCAAGAGCUGCAGCGGAGGGUCGGCCCCCGGGGACGGGAGCGGAGGGAGUCGGCGGGGAGCGGAGCUGACGGCCUCGGCGCACAGCCUGAGCGACGGCGGAGGGGCCCGGGGCCGCGGGCAGGAGGAGGGCAGGAAACACAGACUGACAAGAACUCAAAGUGCCUUUUCCCCGGUUGUUUUCAGCCCCCUCUUCACAGGUGAAACGGUGUCUCUGGUGGACGUGGACAUCUCUCAGCGAGGACUGAGCUCCCCUCACCCCCCGACUCCACCGCCGCCUCCGCGCCGAAGCCUCAGCCUGCUGGAUGAUAUCAGUGGGACGCUGCCUACAUCUGUCCUAGUGGGUCCGAUGGGGUCUUCCCUGCAGUCUUUCCCUCUGCCUCCGCCUCCUCCGCCCCACGCCCCAGAUGCCUUCCCCCGCAUCGUUCCCCUCCGACCCACAGAAGCAGCACCCAGCCAACCCACCCCUCACCUCCAGUGCCCUCUGUACCGCCCGGACUCCAGCAGCUUUGCAGCCAGCUUGCGAGAGCUGGAGAAGUGCGGGUGGUACUGGGGACCCAUGAACUGGGAGGACGCAGAGAUGAAGCUGAAAGGGAAACCAGACGGAUCCUUUCUGGUGCGGGACAGUUCUGACCCCCGUUACAUCCUGAGCCUCAGCUUCCGAUCGCAGGGCAUCACCCACCACACCAGGAUGGAGCACUACAGAGGGACCUUCAGCCUGUGGUGCCAUCCCAAGUUUGAAGACCGCUGCCAAUCUGUGGUGGAGUUCAUCAAGAGAGCCAUCAUGCACUCCAAAA